AUGCAGCUGUCACAGUUAUCUGUCGUACUCGUCGUCAUCAUGAAUGCGACUGCCACACCAGUGACUGACGAUAUGGGAAACAUGAUGAGAGCACGAAGGGAUGCCACGCAAUGCAAGAUACCAUCACAUAUACAACAGAUCUUCAACAGCUUGAACAACAUCCCUGAUACUUCGAACUCACCCGUGUCACAAAAGAACAUGCAAGACUCCACUCGAGAACGUUCCAUUUGCCCCUGGAGUGUCGUCUCGCUAAGACUUGGAGACAACAUUUAUCCACAACAGCUUCGGAGUGCCAGCUGUAAUUGUAGAGACUGUAUCAACAAUAACAAGAACCAGUGUGAACAAGUGAAAGCUAGCUUCCGUGUUUUAAAAUACAGCUGUGAAAAUGGUACCUUCACCUAUCAACCUGAGGACAAAGAAGUAGCAGUUGGGUGCACAUGUGCUGCACCUCGAGCCUCAAGUGGUUGA